UCGGACCGCGCAGUUGCAAGUGCUGCCACCACUGUGACUUCCGUUUCUUUCGUGGCCUUUCCACGCUCGGCCGAAGUGGUGUCUCUUCCGAUUUGUCAAAAUGGGUAUCGACAUCAACCAUAAACACGACCGCAAAGUCCGGCGAACGGAGCCGAAGUCGCAAGAUGUAUACCUUCGUCUUCUUGUUAAGCUCUACCGCUUCUUGGCGAGGCGUACAAAUGCCAAAUUCAACAGAAUCAUCCUCAGACGACUUUUCAUGAGCAAAAUCAAUCGUCCGCCAAUUUCUCUGGCUCGUGUGACGAGAUUCAUGAAAAAACCAAAUCGUGAAAACUGCAUCGCAGUCGUUGUUGGCACCAUAACUGAUGAUGCCAGGAUCUACGAAGUUCCCAAGAUGACGGUCUGUGCCCUGCGAGUGACCGAGAAAGCACGAGGCCGUAUCUUGAAGGCUGGCGGUGAAAUAAUAACUUUCGAUCAGCUCGCUCUCCGAGCUCCCACUGGUACAAAGACCGUUUUGAUGCAAGGACGUCGCAAGGCGCGCGAGGCUGUCAAACACUUCGGUCCAGCACCGGGUGUUCCUCAUUCUCAUACUAAGCCACUGGUUCAAUCGAAGGGACGUAAAUACGAGAGAGCGAGAGGUCGCAGGCGCAGCUGCGGUUACAAGAAGUAGACAUUUCCAUCGAGCGUCGACGUUUAAAAUCUACUUCAUUGUUCAUUAACCCGAUAAAUACUUUUUGUAUUGUCCUCGUACGAAUUUAUCGUCGAUCUAAUUUCAAUGUUUUCGCGCUUAAAUAUAUGCGAGAGUAUUGGGCCAAUGAACGAUGGAAUACACAA